AGCGGCUGCAAGAACAGACGAUGUGAUUACGGUCAUGUAAAUAGCAUCAAGCUGUGACAAGUAUCAAUGCUGACUGGGGAACUAAUUACUAGGCAGUUGUUUUUUUCUCUUCUGAAACAUAAUGAAGAUAUACCAUCAUGAUUAUACUUGUUUGCUACUAUGUAUCAUAUGCUUAGCUAGCAAUUGCUUCUUUCCAUGCUUUUUGUUUGUGACUUCGUGUCAUCGUGAUCCAACCACCCUGGCGCGUAGUUAUCAGUCAAAACAAGAGGCUAGUUCCAUCGAUUAUUGACUCGGCAGAAAGGAAAGACAUAGUGAUGUGGGUCAGGAGAGCGUAGUAGUAUGUCGUCAUCCUUUUGCAGCAUAGCUUCUAGAAGAACAAGCUGGAUUUGUUCAUGUCUAAUGGCAGUUGCACUUACUCGGAUGUGAGUGGGUUGUCAGAAAUAAUUGUGAAGCGAAGAGAUUGGUUUUAAUCAUAAUAUAUCAUAUUAUUUAUGAGAGAGAAAUAAGCGUGCAGAGAAG